AGAGAGAGAGAGAGAGAAGGGGGGUCGGGGGUGAGGACAAGCAGGGAGCCAGAGGCAGUGCUAAGGAGAAGGGAGAGCACGAGCACUCCACAAAGAUAACAGGAAACACAGGAGAUACGUGUGGGAGCAGCGUAUCACUAAAAGAAAAGCAGAGACAGAGCAGGGGAUUCAGAGCCUGCAAGUCCAGCGUGCCUGUAGGUCUGUCUGUGUUCCAGCUCGGUGCGUUUCCACGGAUCUCCUGAGGCCGUGGCAGCCAUGGCAUCAGACCCUAGCACCCAGUCCAGGGUGAUGUUCCAGGCAACAGACAAAGCAGAGGAGCCGGCGCACCGCAAACUUGGCAAGCUGACAGUCAAAUACAACCGCAAGGACCUGCAGAAGAGGCUGGAUAUCGAGGAGUGGAUCGACGGGCAGCUGCACCUGCUGUUUGACUGUGAGGAAGAAGAGAUCCCAGAGUUAGAAAUCGACAUAGACGAGCUCCUGGAGCUGUCGGAUGAGGGGCAAAGAACCCGGCUGGAGGAGUUGUUGCAAGAAUGCGGGAAGCCAAAAGAGGAUUUUAUCAACGGGCUGCUCUACAGGAUAAAGGGUCUACGUAAAAUGUCAGGUCCACUGAAGAAAUAAUUGUAGGUCAAAUUAAGAAUGGAGACAAUGUGGAGCCGCUCAUCUUCCCGUCCCCCCACGCAUUAACCAUUUGGAUGCCUGUAGGUGUGGAUCAGAGGGACUAUAUUCCU